AUGAGAAUACAGUGUCAUAUUCAUCUUUGUAAUGUUCUAUUAUGCUUCAUUCUGUGUUUGUUUUGGUCUAUUCUCACGGUUUCAACAGAAACUGAGAAGGAGAUUUUACUUCAGUUCAAGGGGAACAUCACAGAAGAUCCAUACAAUACCUUGAGUUCAUGGGUUUCUAGUGGAGACCCUUGUCAAGGUUAUAAAGGUAUUUUCUGUAACUUGGAAGGUUUUGUUGAAAGAAUAGUGCUUUGGAACACUAGCUUGGGAGGGGUGUUGUCUCCAGCACUCUCAGGAUUGAAGAGGUUGAGGACAUUGACAUUGUUUGGGAAUCGAUUUUCGGGUAAUAUCCCUAAUGGAUAUGCUGAUCUUCAUUCAUUGUGGAAGAUCAAUUUUAGCUCCAAUGCGUUAUCAGGUUCGAUCCCGGAUUUCAUAGGUGAUUUGCCUAACAUUCGAUUUUUGGACUUAUCGAAGAAUGACUUCAAUGGGGAGAUACCUUCUGCUUUGUUUAGGUACUGCUAUAAAACCAAAUUUGUUUCUCUUUCUCAUAACAACCUUGUUGGUUCAAUUCCUUUAUCCUUGGUGAAUUGCUUCAACCUUGAAGGUUUUGAUUUUUCUUUCAAUAAUCUUAGUGGUGUUGUCCCUUCUAGACUCUGUGAUAUUCCCGUGUUAUCAUAUGUAUCUCUGAGAAGCAAUGCGUUAUCGGGUAGUGUGAAAGAUCGCAUUUCUUCAUGCCAUAGUUUAAUGCAUUUGGAUUUUGGUAGUAAUGGUUUUACUGAUUUGGCCCCAUUCAGCAUCCUUGGAAUGCAAAAUCUUACAUACUUCAAUAUAUCAUAUAAUCGGUUUGAAGGACAAAUUCCUGAUAUUGCUUCAUGUAGUGAGAGAUUAGAGAUAUUUGAUGCUUCUGGGAAUAAUUUGGAUGGGGUGAUUCCAUCCAGCAUAACUAGAUGCAAGAAGUUAAAACUCUUGUCAUUGGAGUUGAAUAAGCUGAAAGGGAGUAUCCCGGUUGAAAUUCCGGAAUUGCGAGGAUUAUUGGUUAUCAAAUUGGGCAAUAACUCGAUAGAUGGAACGAUUCCCAAGGGGUUCGGCAAUAUUGAACUGCUUGAAUUGCUGGAUUUGAGCAACCUAAACCUCGUUGGCGAAAUUCCGGUCGAUAUAACAAAUUGCAAGUUUCUUCUUGAGCUGGAUGUUUCUGGUAAUAACUUAGACGGCGAGAUUCCGCAGGCUAUUUACAAAAUGACGAAUCUGGAAGCACUUGACCUACAUUAUAACAAGCUGAAGGGAAGCAUCCCAUCGAGCCUAGGAAACAUAUCAAGGAUUGAAUAUCUAGAUCUAUCGCAUAAUUCACUUUCUGGUUCAAUCCCUACUUCCCUUGGAGAUUUAAACAACUUGACACAUUUCAAUCUCUCAUUCAACAAUCUCUCCGGUGUCAUUCCUAAUAUUGCAUCCAUACAGAAUUUUGGUGCACCUGCUUUUUCCAAUAAUCCUUUUCUAUGCGGCGCUCCGUUAGACACCGGUUGCUCAGCUAACGGAACUAGAUCAUCGUCUUCAGCUUCCGGGAAAACUAAACUUCUCAGUGUCUCUGCAAUUAUUGCUAUUGUAGCUGCAGCUUUAAUUCUUACCGGGGUUUGUUUGGUGACCAUCAUGAAUAUUAGGGCCCGUCGUAGAAAAAAUGACGAUGAUGAGGUUAUGAUUGUUGAGAGUACACCUCUAACAUCAUCGGAAUCAAGUGUUAUUAUUGGAAAGCUGGUUCUCUUCAGCAAAAGUUUACCAUCAAAAUACGAAGAUUGGGAGGCAGGCACCAAAGCAUUGCUUGACAAAGAGUCUUUGAUAGGCGGCGGAUCGAUUGGUACGGUCUACAAAACCAAUUUCGAAGGUGGUAUCUCAAUUGCAGUGAAGAAGCUUGAGACUUUAGGAAGGAUCGGAAAUCAAGAGGAGUUCGAACAUGAAAUUGGGCGACUAGGAAACCUUCAGCACCAUAAUUUAGUUGCUUUUCAAGGUUACUACUGGUCCUCUUCAAUGCAGUUAAUUUUGUCAGAGUUUGUUUCAAAUGGGAAUCUAUAUGAUAAUCUACACGGUCUUGGCUAUCCUGGAACCAGCACAAGUAGAGGCAAUAGGGAGUUAGAUUGGCCGAGAAGGUUCCAAAUUGCACUUGGAACUGCAAGAGCUCUUGCCUAUCUCCACCACGACUGUCGUCCUCCAAUCCUUCACCUCAACCUGAAAUCCUCUAACAUACUCUUAGAUGACAAGUAUGAAGCCAAGUUAUCUGAUUAUGGAUUAGGUAAGUUGCUACCGAUUUUGGAUAACUACGUUCUGACCAAGUUCCACAAUGCUGUCGGGUAUGUUGCACCAGAGUUAGCUCAAAGCUUUAGGCAGAGUGAGAAGUGUGACGUUUACAGUUUCGGCGUCAUUCUUUUGGAGCUCGUUUCAGGAAGGAAGCCUGUAGAAAGUCCAACCACAAAUGAGGUUGUGGUUUUGUGUGAAUAUGUGAGAGGUUUGUUGGAGACUGGCUCGGUUUCAAAUUGCUUCGACAGGAAUUUACUGGGAUUUGCUGAGAAUGAAUUGAUUCAGGUUAUGAGAUUGGGGCUUAUUUGUACUUCAGAGGAUCCUUUAAGAAGACCAAGCAUGGCUGAAGUUGUUCAGGUCCUUGAGUCCAUCAGAAAUGGAUUGGAAUCUCAUUAA